GUUUGGUGGGGAACAACGUAAUUUUAGCUCACUACUCAUGUAUUUGUGCUUCUCAUUACUUUGUUGUGCUUUGUUUUUCUCUUCGUUUACAAAAGUGUUUAAUUUUGGAUGUUUGUGUUUUUCACAGCUGGUGAACCAUGGAAUAUCGGAGGAGCUUCUCGAGAGGGUGAAGAAGGUGACUGGGGACUUCUUUAGGAUGGAAAGACAGGAGAACUUUAAGAAUUCCACACUAAUGAAGGCAGUAAAUGAAAACAAAAAAUUGGAGAAUGUGGACUGGGAGGAUGUCUUCACCCUCUUGGAUGACAACGAAUGGCCCUCGAAAACCCCUGGACUCAAGGAAACCAUGGAAGAAUACAGAAGAGAACUGAAGAAACUUGCUGAGAGGGUUAUGGAAGUGAUGGAUGAGAACUUAGGGUUACCAAAGGGAUACAUGAAGAAAGCCUUCAACGGUGGCGAAGAAGACAAUGCCUUUUUCGGCACCAAGGUGAGCCACUACCCACCAUGCCCUAAGCCAGAGCUGGUGACUGGUCUCCGAGCUCACACUGAUGCAGGCGGUGUAAUAUUGCUCUUCCAAGAUGACAAAGUUGGAGGCCUCCAAAUCCUGAAAGAUGGGCAGUGGAUAGACGUGCAGCCAUUGCGCAACUCGAUUGUCAUCAACACUGGGGACCAGAUUGAGGUCCUGAGCAAUGGCCGCUACAAGAGUGUUUGGCACAGGGUUUUGGCUACCCCAACUGGGAAUCGAAGGUCAAUUGCUUCGUUUUAUAACCCAUCAAUGAAGGCCACCAUAGCUCCUGCGCCGGAAUUGGUCAAAAAGGAGAACCAAGAAGUGGAUCAGACUUAUCCCAAGUUUGUGUUUGGUGACUACCUUUCUGUAUAUGCUGAGCAGAAGUUCCUCCCCAAGGAACCAAGGUUCCAGUCUGUGAGGGCCGUGUGAAAAAAAUAAGAUCCAAAUUAAAUGGGGAUAAAUUUACUUCGCUUUUUAUCACUUGGGUGGUUACGCACGUACUAUUAUUACAUAUUCGCUCGUCUCUCUCUCAACUGAAAAACUUCUGUGUGGGAGGAGAAAGCUGAAGUGGGUGUAAGUCAGUCUGCGUGUUAUGUGCUUGAUGUUGCUUUUUUCUGAUGUAUUGGUGUGUAAUCCUGAGGAUGCUUAAAAGCUCCAUUUCAGAUUUGCUAGGUCAGUCGUAAAAUAUUAUGGAUUGCAAUCUUAAAUUUUGUUGUUGGUUAUGCCCUUCUCCUUCUUUCCUUAUGUAGCAAUGAAACUUUUUUUUUUUCUUUUUUUGACAAGACAAUAUCAUAUACGUACUAUUGUUAGGGAGAUUUAAGUUUUGAGUGUAAGGAGAUAGAUACAUUGCUCUUACCAACUAAUCUAACCAAUCUACAUGUAUCAAUGGACUUUGAUGGUCACUUUUUGGUUAAUAGACUUGUCAUAAUUAGCUAGAUGCAUUUUAGCAAUGCAUAGAUUCAACUUAACUAGAAAUUAAAAUCUUUUUUUUCGUUUUUUUUUUUUUUUUGGUUUUAUACUAACGAAGUUGAGAGGGAAGAAUCUAGCCCUGGACCUUAGGUUACUCACUUCAGCUAUAAGCCUUUUACGUAUUGUUUUUUAUGUUUAAUAGUUCUUUACGUGUUUUAGCAAUGCAUAUAAUCAACUUAACUAGAAAUUAAAUCUACUUUCCUUGGUUUUUUUUCCUUUUUUUGUUUUUUUUUUUUUUUUGAGUUUUAUACUAGCAAUGUUGCGAGGGAAGAAUCUAGCAUUCGCCCUCAGAUUAUUCUUAACCGCUUCAGCUACAAGCCUUUUACGUAUUUUUUUAUGUUUAACGGUUCUUUACAUAUGUCUUUGAUGGUUCCCUAUAUGUUUAGCAAAUCCUAGGUAUAUCCACAUGGAACAGGCUAAUGACAAAAUUCACAAAACCUAAAAGGAAGCAAGCCACCAAUUGCCAUAAAAACUUAUUGACCAUAAGGAAUUAGUCAUGCCACCUAAUACUAUAGUUUAGUGUAUUCCUCUUCACUGGUAAGUGAGAAGUCUUAGUUCGAUUAUUGCCAAAAGCGAAUUUGAACCACAUUAUUGCUAGUACAUUCUUAGACUUAACCCACUCCUC